AUUGAAGUCGCGCAGCUUCGAGAUGGACCAUUUCUGUGCAAGUUUAUCAGCGCCGGGUCUAAUGUCGAACGUAACCAAGAUGCCUGAGAGAAGUUGGUAAAGGAAAUGCCGCCUUUUUGCUCAUGCGGUAGUCUGCAGAUAGGCGCACCUACCCUGCACCUCAUUAACCUCACGUACCAACUUGCUCCACCCUGCAAUUAUCUCCUCCGACAUAUGCCCCUCCACUGCAUCAAUCUCCACCCCUGGCAACCAGAGCGGCCAAAGUAAACAAAAAAUAGAGCCACCAUAAUCGCCUUCCAUCAAACCAGCGCAGACCUUUACGCUUUCGACGUAUCCACCGACAACAAGCUCACGACUCCAAAAAAUGGCCGACAAGGCGGCAGAAAAGGACAAGGACAAGUCCAAGGUCCACAAGCUGUCGCUAAAGGGUAGCGCCAAGCUCGUCGCCGAAUUCUUUCAAUACUCGAUACACACGAUUCUAUUCCAACGAGGAGUGUACCCAGCCGAGGACUUUACGGCCGUCAAGAAAUAUGGCCUCAACAUGCUAGUGUCGGCCGACGACCAGGUCAAGGCCUACAUCAAAAAGAUCAUGUCCCAGCUGGACCGCUGGAUGGUCAAGGGAAAGAUCUCCAAGCUGGUCAUCGUCAUCACGGACAAGGACACGGGCGAGCACGUCGAGCGCUGGCAGUUUGACGUUCAGAUCUUUGGCGGCUCGUCCAAAAAGUCAAAGAGCAGCAGCAAGUCGGCGGCUUCGGCAUCCGCCGGGCAGGAAAACUCGUCGGCGGCCUCGGACGCGGCCCAGGCGCCGGAAAAGACCGAGGCCGAGAUCCAGGCCGAGAUUGCCGCCAUCUUCCGCCAGAUCACCGCCUCGGUCACCUUCCUGCCCCAGCUGGCUGGCGACUGCACCUUCAACGUCCUGGUCUACGCAGAUGCCGACUCGGAGGUGCCCGUGGAGUGGGGUGACAGCGACGCCAAGGAGAUUGAGAAUGGGGAGCGAGUCCAGCUGCGGGGUUUCAGCACCGCCAGCCACAGGGUUGACACGCUGGUCAGCUACAGGCUGACGGACUAGUCAGUGUGUCGACGGGGGUGUUGGAGUUGCGGCUCGAACGCAGUCAUUCAUAUACCCGAGGGAUUUCCUGUCGGCAUGAUUUAUACUCCAUGUCGGCCAUGUAGAAUGAUGACACGACCAUUGGCAAACCGGUCUUGGCUUGGAGUUCAGGCGUUGGGAGUUCUGCUUGUUUAUGGAUGAAAAUUCUCAUCGCCUGAUAGCGAAAUCAUCAAUAUCACCUGGGAUUGGACCUGUGCGUCUAACCCAUGUUUAUUGAACAAAUCUGACGUGGCUUCUUGGCCACGCCCAUGCCGGUACUUGUCUUGUGCGCCAUGCUAUCCCCUUUUAUCAACAACGCCAACCACCAGUCCUAUACAGCCUCGUCACACCAAAAAUGCAGUAACCUCAAAUACGAACGCACAUUUGCUGUCGACAGAAAUAUGUGGCAUGGUCCGCAUGACAACUCCCAUAGCCUACACCAGAAUCCAAAAACUAAGAAGAGCCAACCCGGUUGAAGAAGUAGAUGUAGGCAAACUUCUUCAUCUCCUCCACGUCGACCACCUCGACAACCUUUUCGUCAUUGAACAGAACCCAGGCGGGCUUGUCUUGUUGCAACUGUUUGCGGAUAAAAGCAACGUAGUGACUGUUCAGUGAGGUGUUAGUAUCAGCACGAUAUUCGAAGAGGUCAAGCACCACGAUCUCAACUUACCCAGCAUGAAUGCUCGUUCCCUUGUGGCACACGAUGCUCUUGAGCUGGUACUGCGCUGGAACGUCACUCUUGCCAGCAGGUGGCUUUUCGCCCGA